AUGAUUGGAGUUAUUAUUGUCGCCGUAACACUUACAGCCGUUGUAGUGCACUUUUACAAAAAAGCUUUUAAGAGACCCCACAACUUUCCUCCUGGUCCGCCGUGUCUUCCAUUAUAUGGCGCAUAUUGGAUAAUACUGGCGAAAUCGUACAACAACCUAGCAGCUGCUUGCAUCAAGCUUUCAAAAGAAUACAAAUCAAAUAUUCUGGGACUGUUCUUGGGAUCGCUUCCUGCAGUCAUUGUAAACGAUUCCAAACUAAUUAAAGAAGUUCUCAAUUGCGAGGAGUUCGAUGGGCGUAUGGAUGUCAUUAUUGGCCGAUUGCGGUCAUACUGGAAGAAACUUGGCAUAUUCUUCACUGACGGUUACUUCUGGUACGUGCAAAGGAGGUUCACACUACGAUACUUGCGUGAUUAUGGCUUUGGUAAACGGGACGAGUCACUGGAGUCCACUGUCGCACACGAAGUCAAGGAAAUGCUUGAUAUGGCGUUAAAUGGGCCUAAGUACACGGCUGAAAAUACUUUGGUGAAGGGUGAUUUGAUAUACCUGCCUCAUUUCUUCGCGAUUCCGUUCAUUAAUGGAAUGAUACACGUGUUUACUCGGACUUCUUUGCCAAGGCCGGAUUAUCACAAACUGUUGACAGUUGCUCGAGGAGCCUUGUUGUUCCAACGCAGUUCCAACGAUUUUGGCGGAGCUCUAACACUUACACCAUGGUUGAAGGAUGUGAUGCCUAAAUACAGUGGAUUUAGGGACUUAAAGGACGGACAUCAGUUUUUAUUGGACUUCUUUAAGAAAAUGGUAGAUGAGGCAAUAGAAACACACAGUGAGGCAUAUGAUCGUCAUUUCCUUGACGUGUACAUUAGAAAAAUGAAGGAGGAAAUAAAACAAGAGGAGCGUUCGACUUUUUCAGUUGAACAACUAAUUCUCGUCUGUACGGACUAUAUGUUCCCGGCGGCUUCAGCAGUGGAGUCAGUGCUAACGAUGCUUAUUGAGAGAUUACUGCUGCAACCUGAGCUGCAGGAUAAAAUACACGAGGAGAUUGACCGCGUCGUCGGACGAGACAGACUGCCCACGCUUGAUGAUCGCAUAAAUAUGCCGUUUACAGAGGCCUGUAUCAGAGAACAGAUGAGAUAUGACACUCUAGUACCAUUGGGAAUAGGACAUCGCGCUUUGCACGAUACCAAAAUCGGUAGCUAUGAUGUGCCCGAGGACACGAUGGUCAGCGUAAAUUACGUAGCCUUGCAUAUGGAUAAGGAGAUAUGGGGCGACCCCGAAAAUUUCAGGCCUGAGAGAUUUAUUGAAAAUGGCCAGUUACUUAUUACAAAAGACAAAAGUCUACCAUUCGGAGCAGGUAGAAGAUUGUGCGCUGGUGAAACAUAUGCGCGGCAGACCAUGUUCCAAGUGUUCUCAACAUUCAUGCAAGCGUUUAGAGUAUCGACUGCUGACGGUAAACCUCUGAAAAAACCAGCUGAAAGAAUACAGGGAAUUAUAACAACUAUACCUAACUAUUGGGUACGCGUGACUCCCAGAGUAUAA